GCCGAUGUUUGGCAUUUGGGAUGCGGAGGGAAUUUGUUUCGCCUUGCGCGGGAGCAAAUGAGCGAACCUACCGUAGGUACCUAGGCCGUGUCUCGGAUCGGCUCAAUGUUCGGGCGUGCCUCGUUGUUGCCGUCACUGGCCACUUGCAACACCGAGCCGCCUCCAUCAAACAACCUUACCUACUCCCCCGCAACCAACCUCUUUGACACGAUUCGGGCAGCGCCACAGCCGCGCAACUGUGCUAUCAGUCCUGCCCAUCAGACCCACCCGCCACAAUGGUGCUGACUUCAUGUCGAAAAAGCUGCCAUUAGGCCUCCUCAAUGCCGCCCAAGGCCACCCCAUGCUCGUUGAGCUGAAGAACGGCGAGACGUUGAACGGCCACCUGGUCAACUGCGACAACUGGAUGAACCUCACCUUGAAGGAAGUCGUCCAGACCAGCCCUGAGGGCGACCGCUUCUGGAGACUACCUGAAGUGUACAUUCGCGGCAACAACAUCAAAUACCUGCGCGUACCCGACGAGAUAAUAGACCUAGUCAAGGACCAGCAACAACGUGACCAGGCCAGUCGCGGAGGUCGCGGCGGCGGCCAGCGCGGAGACCACGGCGGACGUGGUGACCGAGGCAGAGGCAUGGGGCGGGGCGGACGUGGAGGUCGCGGAAGGGGCCGUGGAGGUUCGUGAAGAGAGGAAAAGGUUAUGGUGUGGGCCAAAGCCCGCCGCUGGUUUAGAUCGGCUCGCGAAAGCUACCAAGCGCGUGCGAAGCAAUAUUCCGCCCGGCUGCCGGUCGGUCUGAUGGAGAGAUCCUCCCGGAUGUGCUUUCUACAAUAGGUGAGGGCUUGGGAUAAAAGGCCUAGUUGGUUCUUGGACUGCAUGUCCGAUUCCAAGCCUUAGGCUAGCCUUGCGAGGGAGCAUGACGGUAGCUGCCAAAUAAGGAAGAGCCUAGGCGCAGCUCUUGCGUUGACGAGAGGCGUGCGCAGUGGAUUCCUAGGUACUUUUGACCACGUACUUACAAGUGACUUUCGCCUUUGACGCUCAGGUGACGGACAAUUAUGUAUAGCC